CGUGCAGUACACGCAGAUCCUGCUCGAGAAUAGAAGACUGACUGACAACGGUCAUUACAGACAUAUUAAUUAAACAGAUCAUUUACACCACUGUUUAUUCCUGUGAGGGUAUGGGUAAGGCCUCGUUGUGAGGGAGAGCCGAUCAGUACGACUCGUCGUUUUAUCCACGGACAUAAUGAUGAAGAAGGAUAUUAAUUUGAGCCUGGUGGUGGAGGCAGACCUCAAACCGCAUCUCCGCGACGCCGAGAGCCUCCUCAGCUCCCCGGACAUGGGGCUGCUCAAACUGGCCUCCCCGGAGCUGGAGAGGCUAAUCAUCCAAUCCAACGGAAUGGUCACCACGACACCGACAAGCUCCCAGUUCCUCUACCCGAAGACGGUCACAGACGAGCAGGAGUUCGCUGAGGGCUUCGUGAAGGCGUUGGAGGAUUUACACAAGCAGAACCAACUGAACGGAGUCGGCCAGACGAACAGCAGCCUGGAUCUGGCCGCUAACAUUACCCCGGUCACCAUCCAGCCGGAUCUACCGGUGUAUACCAACUUGAACAGUUACGGUAGUGGGCUAUUGGAAACCACUGUCAACUACUCCACGGACACGGUCCCCUUCCCGCCUCCCCCGUCGCAACAUUUGGGGUCAGCCCCGCUGCAGACGGAGCUGUCUCGGGUCCAGCAGCUGAAGGAGGAGCCUCAAACGGUCCCUGACGUCCAGAGCUUCGGGGAGAGCCCGCCGCUGUCUCCCAUCGACAUUGACUCACAGGAUCACAUGAAAGCCGAGAGGAAGAGGCUCAGGAACCGGAUUGCUGCCUCCAAGUGUCGGAUGCGCAAACUGGAGAGGAUCUCCAGGCUAGAGGACAAGGUCAAAUCGCUGAAAAGCCACAACACUGAUCUGGCUUCGACGGCCAGCCUGCUAAGGGAUCAGGUGGCCCAGUUGAAACAGAAAGUCCUCACCCAUGUCAACAGCGGCUGCCAGCUGCUGCCACACGAAGUUCAAGUACACUAGUCCGAGAGACAGACCUGCAGUGGGGCUACUGACCAGCAUAUAAGCUUCAUGGACUUUUGUUAAUGUUGGUUUUUCUGUAUGUAGCGUAGUCCAGAUGUGCGUCCGUUCCUAGUGGAAUGAAUGCCAGGCCACCGAGGCCAACUUGUACAUUAGGAAUCAGCUCUGUAAAUGGUUUUGAGGAUCGGCAAACAUGUGAACAAUACAUGGUAGAACACAAUUCAAGAUAAUGGGUGAUGAGACUCUUAUUAGGAUUAUUUAAAUAUGUUUUUAUUCGUGAAGGAUCCACAUUGCUCCACAGUCGCCUCCGCUCAAUGGAGAGCACGAAUCAGCAUAAUCGUGUUUUUUUAAAAUAAAUAAUCGCUAAUUGGUUUAUUGGAUUUAAGCCGAAAUGAAGAACGUUUGCCUUUUAAUAUGUUAGACGUAUUAAAUCAUGUUCUACCUCGUAUUUAUGUUUACUGGUGAACAAGGCAGCAUUAAACUGCAGUUUUUUUUCAAUGGCCAUGGUCUUUCCUGAUGAGAGAAAGAUCCACUUAUGGGGGCUAUGUGCUCAACUCUAACGACAGAAGGCACAUAAUUAACAAAUAAAUUCCUAUAAAAAAUGUACAGACUGGCUGUGCCUAUAUACAGUUUUAAAGAUGGACCAAACUGAUUUACAACAUUUAUACAGUAAUAUUAAUAUAAUAUUUAUGAUACAGAUAUCCUUAAUAUGUGAGGAAUUGGCUGUAAGAAAAGAAAUGCACAUACACUCACAUUUGACAUGUCAAAGAUAAUCUACAUAUAGACUUUUUAUUUCUGUAGGGAACAAUUUGCAUGUUGUUUACAAACUCGAAUGUUUCCCACAGCUGGGUGUCAAAGGGUGCAAUAUAUCAGUGUUUAUAAUCGUUACUCUUUACAAACACAUGUAUUUAUGUAUUUUUUACUCUGUGUCUCUAUUUCAUUGUGUUCUUGUUUUAAUGUGAAGAUUGAAGAGCCGUAAUCUUUGUGUUGCACUGACUGUUGCUGUAGCCUACAGCUGUUUGGCUGUAUGCCGCUGUGUUCUGAAUUAAAUGCUGCUCGGCAAUAAACACUGUUUCCUCUCAUAUUAA